UCAUUGUCAUUGCCUUAGUAUCUAGACGGAGACGGGCGCGAUUUUUACGUUCAGUCUCGCACCGGACGAUCGACGACUCAGUUCAGAGAUCCAUCAAGAAUUGCGCGGCGUUGAAUCGAAGGUCCCAUUCUUAGAACAUCGCGAUCGAUGCUGGGGAUCUGAUACACGAAUAGCGUAGUGUGUUGGAGGUAAGGCCAUUUCUUGCCGUGACAAGAUAAUAGCGGCAUUCCAACGAAGAAAGUGAUUUCUGAGUGGCGUGCUAAUCGUUUUGUGAUCUAAACUAGAGGUGAUGGAAUUAGCACAAUCGACGUAAGCAAGAUUGCAUUUCUGACCUAGUGAAGGAAGACAGGAACAAUAGGCCAUUAUAUGGAAAGCUUAGUUUCAAGGUGCUAAUUAAAUCGACUGCGGAUUAUUCAAGCCUACACAACGGAUUGUUGUGGAAAAUCAGUGAAAGUGGAAGCAGAUCAGCGAUCAAGCGGACACAUUGGCGCCCUAAAAAUAGAGCUCGUGUCAAUUUCGGGAAAACGGAAAACAACAACCGACCAAUAAAACGGCUUGUUUUCUUUCCGCGGACUCGUCCACUCGAAAAACAGCUGUGUGAGUUUGUUUGACCCGGCCUCGUAACGCUAGAUCGGAACAUUUGUAUGGGCGCGUGUUGUUAGUCGACAAUCAGAAAAAUUAUCGAGCCAAAAACAAACGAAGAAAAGCCGGGUGGCCUGUUUGCGAGAAAUAGCGCAAUUUUCGUAUCAACGUAGAACAAAUCCGACCGGAAGCAAUAAGAAAUCAUUAUGGAAAACGAUCCGCAAGAAUUCAGCGCGAAGCUGGUGAAAGAAUACGAAGUUCCGAUGGUAUCGAUGGAUGGAGAGGCCCAUCCGGAAAUCACUUUGGCCGCCGUUGGACUUGGCGUUGUCGUUGCAUGCAUCAUCCUCAUCACCCUGAUUGCACUAAUCAGUCGCAGAAAAAGACACUUCACCAACAACAUUGGGAACCAAAGAAACUCGACGGAAAUCUUUACCAUCACUAAGCCAAUCGAUGCAAACAGCUGUCGAAGUUGUCGAAGUUCUACGGUGAUCAUUACCUCGGAUAUAGUUACGGAAAUCUGAACAAUCUGUCUGUUGACGAACUUCAACGAGAUAAUCCUGUUUUAGACUGAAUCUGAUAUUACCGGUACCCCUUGAAAACGUAAUGUGUAUUUUUUUGUAUGUAAGCUGUUUUUAUGUCUAAUGGCGUUCUUUUGUAUUCCAUUGAUUUGAUCGCAGUUCUAGUUUUUAUGUGAUAGCAUUUAGAAAACCAUGAUAAAGUGUAUAUUAUAUUCAUAGAGCAUAUAUUAAAACUACCAUCCGCUGCUUGCGGUGGAUCACUGUUGA